AUGCUGGCAACGGGGUCGCGGCAGGAUCAUCUCUUCAAGGAAGGUCAGUAUGCUAACUGCGACGAGAACAGCAGCGCCGAGGGCGCCGUCGGCUACGGUGGCCAACCGUCGACGUCGUCGUCGGCGACGUCCUCGUCUCACCAGCAGCCAGAGAACAUCUACGAGACGAUAUGCGGCGAGCCCGGUGCCAGCAACGAGGAGGCGCGACACGAGGAGAACAUCUACGAAACGAUCGAGGACGUGCGUGUGCAAAAAGCCGCGCAACAACAACAACAACAGCAACAGGGGCCAGUCCCGUCCACGUCUCAACAGUCGGCCGAGGAUGAACAACAACCCGUCUACGACCUAGAUCCCGAUCAGCCGUCGUGCAGCAGCACCUACGGCCGCAUUGGGAACGCCUAUGGCAGAAUUGACAUCAUCGGCCAUGGGAUAGGGAGGAUCGAACGUCACCUGUCAUCUUCAUGCGGCAGCAUAAACAGCAACCACUACGUGCUGGAAAGCCUUUACGGUAACAGUGCUAUGGACCACACUGGCAGAAUAAGCAAGGUGUCCGUCCAGUGGCUACUGGCAAACAAGUGGUUGCCAUUGUGGAUAGCCAACACGGAAACUGGCCGAGAUUACCGAAUCAUAGAUUUCCUAUUGGCUCAAGGAUUAGAGCAGGAUGACGACGACGAGGUAGACAACGAAGAUGGGUCGACUUGUGGAGACGCGAGACCCAAUAACGAACCGGCCCCGCCACAAAAUUGAAUCCGAAUUUAGUUUUAUUCGUUUUAAUUUCAUUAAAUAUGUAAUCUCCUGAAUGCGUUCUAGUUUCUCAUCGAUAUUUUUUAUUAGAUUAGAUUAGAUAAAUUUUUAAUUAGCGUUGAAACAGACUGAAAUUGAGCCAAACGGCACUUGUAUUUUAUUAGUUUAUUAAUUUAAGAAGUGAAAUUAUGGUUGUAUGCACAAUUAUUUUGCACAAGUUUCUUAUAAACAGUUAAUUAGAUUGCAAAUUUUUGUAACGAACUAUAACAUUAUGAUCUGAGAUCAAUAAUUCAUGACAAGGCUAAUUCCAAACAGAACAAAAUGCCAAAUAAAACUUUUUUAGCCUUUUUUACCGACAGUUUUUGGCCUUGCUAUGAACAAACGACAAGAUUUAAUACAUCUUAGUAUUUUCUCUAGCAAAUUUUCGUCUCGAUGUUUAAUAGUCAUAAAAUUAUAUGCUUUAAAUUAUAAAAGACAGUACUGUUUAAGAAAAAGAUAGUACGUAAUUCGCACUGCUAAAAAGUGUAGAAGAGUUCCUUUAAUCAGUAAAUCAUAAGUUACAUUACUUUUUAACAAAAACUGUGAGAUUAAUCUCUUUUUUUAGACUUUUAAUUUUUGUAUGUUUGGUUGUCUUUUAUUUGUUUCCAAAACGUACCAGUUGUUUUGCAAAAUACAAAUAUUUUUUAAUUAGGUUGUAAAGUAGUUGUGAUCAUGGGCUUCUAUCCACACUGUGAAUAUAGAAAUUUAGGUAUGUUAACGGUUAGUUGUAAAUCUAUUUAUGUAUUAGAUGUAUAUUUGACAAAUGAAUAAAAUAUAUAAGAUGUUAAGAA